ACCAGCAUAUCUAAACGUUCCCAUCUAAGCCGCAAAUACUCGUCGCCGCAUGUUUAUUUAACGCGAAAGCAGCUCAAGUCACACCAAACGCCGAACGUGUGCGAGCGAGUCUAGUGUUUUAUAUAGUUAUUUUAAGCAUUAGCCUCGAAGCUAGCUAGCGUGUGGGGACAUUGACCUUGUGCACCGGUCUCUCAUCAGACUAGUUGGCCGACCACAUAUUUACCUGACUUUUAAUUCUUCGGCAAACGCGACUUUUAUUUUCAUGCCUUUUAAGAGUAGGAUUGUGUUCAGUGGGGGUCCUGAGUAGCUUGUUAGCUCUGCGCCGUCGCUGCCACAGCAACACGAACCGGCUCCUGUGGAAUGUUCCUGCUCGUAGCUUAAGCUCGUUCUGUUAUUUCCUGUCCGCCAUGAUGGACGGCCAAAGCUUACAAACUUCACCGCAGUCCGUUUUGUCUCAUAAACAGAAUAACUUUGUCGCACGGCCCGGCUAAGCGGGCUUUAAACAGGCUGGUUUGUUUGCUUUGUUGUCAACGUCGCUAUCGUUAAUAGUGUUGACACUCUGAGGAGUGUCUGUGUGGCAGUUUAGCUCGAAACGGGGCCUAAUGCUCUCGUGUACACUAUCUGACUGUCAUGUGAGUGGGCCUGGCAGGGACUGGGCUCGCUCUUACCGCCGUCUCGCUAUCGGCACACUGAAGUGGCCUGAAUAGAAGCGAUGGAAAAUUCUUGAAGUGUGUAAAUAGGAACUUUAUCGCUGUCAAAUGCACAUAGCACCAAUGUAAAUCGAGUGACAGAAUAGUAAUGCUUGGUUGAAUAAUAGUAACUUGUAUGACCACGUCUUUUUUUUGCAAUCGCCCAUGCUUUGAUAACUUGCUCCUCAAGACGCUCGUUUCGCCUCUGCCAACUGGUGAAACUCUUGUUAGGUUUUAAUUAUACGUUAGUGUCAUUAUAAACCGUGUGUUGUGUAUUUUAACCCAUAAGUUACCUUCGAGUCAUUUUGGAAAGCACCCCAAGUUCAGUCUGGGUAAACUUUUGGUAUGAGGCCAUUUAGUCCCGAGCUCUUGUCCGCGUUAACGUCACCGCAGCUAUUGUAACAUGGACAAUAGUCCCCGAAAUAAUACCCGGUUGCGACCGUAAAACGGUUCACUUUCGAUGCAUUUAGAGUUGCGUCACAGUCCUGUCUUGAAAUAUGCGUUCGCAUCGCCACGUUUAAAUAUUUGUAAUGUACCAACAAUCACGUCUGCCUGCGGCUAAUCAUGCAGGCUAGCCGCUUAGCAUGCUAGCUAGCUGAUGACUUGGCCGGUUUGUUGACCGAAUAAAACACACUUACGCUUGGUUUUAAAUAGACAUAUAUAUUUGAUUGUCAGCGUAUUCAGUUUUUUAUGAAUUGUAGACGUUAAAGGGAUGUCGUCUUGCUGUUACGGAGUUCAGCUAGGUCUAGAUGUCUUGUUCACAUUUCCACACAAACGAAAGCUAAAUUCAACGCACGAAAUGCUAAUGGACUUUCAAGUAUACCGAUUCAUUCAACUCUGCGACUUUUGAUACAUUUCUGCCGUUUUAAAUGGGUUCCAUCAAUGCCGGGGAACUACCCAAAUAUGACUGAGUGCUCCAUUUUGACACGUCAUACCUCCGGUUAAAAAUAGGGCGAUGUCAGACCCGAGCCGGCCGAUAAAAGCACACUUGCAUAGGAUGGUUUUCACGCCUCAUAUUUUCAGCCCUAAAGCACAGAGGUCGUGUCGUCCCGUUUAAAAUACUUUUUUAUUUUCAACCGGGUAUUUUUAUCAAGCUGCUAAAUUACUUUCAUAAUGACAAAGAAGAGUAACGUGGCAAAAAACUGGCUCUAAAUAAAAUCUUUAAUUCUUCUAUUUAAGUGAUUCUGUAGGAUGUAAUUCAACAUCUUAAUUUCAGAUAACGACUAUUGGCAUUAUUUGACUAAUUCUGUUCAGACGCAGGAAGGCUAUUGAGUAGCAGACAUUCCAUCACUUGAGUUAUUUAAACUGCUUCUAAUUAAAAGUACACUGAAUACCCCGCAUGGUUUCUCACUGUAACUUCUAGGAGUGAGCCAGUCAUCUACAUGACCUUGGUUUGGUUCCGAAAAUGGCAAAAUAAAUGGAACUCUGAAGGAGGGAGAGGAGACUCCCACAUCCUUUAAUCCAGACAGCUCCCUGCUCCCUGCAAACAGCAAUGGCGACAGACACCUGCUAGAAUUCAACGUGAAACUGAAGCCCACUCGACGGGUCUUCCUCAGUGACUCGACAGGGGACAGAAAGGGUAAAAAAGCUUGCAGAAACACUAUGGACUUCAAAAAUGACAAGUCCUCAGAGCUAAAAACAAUCGAGAGUAAAAAAGAGGUUUUGGCUUCGCUUAACGGUGUGGUGUCGCUUAACUCUGUACCGCUUACCAACGGUUACCCCAAUGAUGGCAGUGGCUCAGAGAGUGGAUACACGACUCCCAAAAAGCGUCGGGCCCAAAGGAAUGGCAAAGCUGGGGACAAUGUGACUGUUUCUACCCAGGGAAAAGCCAUGCAGCAGGGCAGCAAACAAGACCAUGGGUCUGCGGCACCAGAGUCAGCCGACAGAGCCUCUCAGGUGGAGACCGCUAGAGCCGGUUCAAAAGCAGAAGGUUGCUACGUAAAAGCCAAGGAACCACCCACGUCCGCCACCCCACCUCCUCCGCCAGCGGCCGAACUUCAACGCAAGAACUCGGACAGCAAAGCCGCUGGCAAAAAAUUUGAAGAACGGUCCAGCAAAGUUAAGGUGGUCACGUCCACCAAAGAGGACUCGUGGACCUUGUUCAAGCCUCCGCCUGUUUUUCCUGUGGAUAAUAGUAGCGCUAAGAUUGUGCCUAAGAUCAGUUAUGCAAGCAAAGUGAAGGAGAACCUCAACAAGACUGCCCAAACUGGCGGGGAGGCUCUCACUCCUGCUCCCCAGGUGCCUGGGAGACCGCCACAGGUCCCCAUGUCUGCGGUGAAAACCAUCACCUCAGCUAGCUUUACCAACGGUCCCCUGCCAGGGGAAGGGAAUGGCUGUCCUUUACCCGGACCCCAUUUCAGCUCAACGGCAAGCACUGGUUCUCUGGUGUCCCCAGCUGUUCCCGCUGAGAAUGUAGCAUCUCCCCCUGGCUGUGCUAGUACCGCCGUUGGAAGUUCCUCCACCUCUUUGACUGAGCCCAGGAAGGCCAGUCUGUUUGUUUACCCCAAUAUGCAACUUUCGCUCCCUAGCGGCCGCCAAGCCGACCCCCCUGCUGCUCCGACAAAUCAGAAGUCUCUGGGGGACAUUUUUCAGAAUCAGUGGGGCUUGUCCUUUAUCAACGAGCCUAGUGCUGGUCCAGAGACCGUGGCUUGUCGUUCAAACGGAAAGGACGUGAUGGUGGAGGUGAGCUUUCAGGGUGACUGUCCUGCUAACGUGGCUGCUCAGACCUCCGGUACCUCUCAGAGACUGGAUCAACCGCCCUUCCCCAAGGCUCACGAGACAGAAAAACGGACUAACGCUCAGAAUCUGAGCAGAGGUGCUGCUUUGGCGAGCGGGUCCGUACCCGAGACCUCUGUCCUCGACCUGGAAGCACUGAAAGAUGAGACGGGGGUUCAUGGUGCAAUAGUUUUUUGUUCUUCCUCUAAGGACGUUUGUGCCGAGCUGCCUCCCACCUCAACGGCUGCACCUAAGGUGGCUUUGGCCAAGGACCAGGGUCUUACUAAGGGCUUUGACAGGAGGUCUAGCUGGGGGACGUUUGAUCUAAAAGCUGCUGUAAUUUAUCACACUAAAGGAAUGGAAUAUAUUUUGAAUUUGCAAAAACAAGAUCCAAAUCGAGUAGUCCUCUACAGCGAGUCAUGGGAUGGACCUGCUCAAUGAAGCUUCAUCUGGACGCUAUAUCUUAGCUGAACUCUGCUGCAAAAGAUGUGCUUGAGGAACAAGACUGCUGCCUCUGAACAUCCUGAAUCGGAACUAAUCCAAUCUUAAGAAGGUUUAGAAAGGACCUUGUUACCAGUAAGCAGUCAAGGCGAGAGGAAACAAGAGAGUACGCUUAAGAAAACGGGUUAGAUGAUUUUAGUAUAUUAGAAUGGAAGAAACUGAGCUGUUGAACUGAACUCUAAUGCGCAUAUGUUGCUGAAGACAAUUUGGAUGACUUUGGGGACGUAAAACCCACAUGUCAAACAUAACUCAAACUUUGGACAAAAGCUUCUCCUUUAAGUACUCAUGGACCUAAGAGAGCUAUCUUCAUCUCCAGCCUCCUGGGGAAGAGGAUAUGUUACCACGCCUCCUCAUUCAAACUCUUAAAAUCAAACGAUGUAGACUCAAAGUGGUUUUGUGUGCAUACACAUUGAAUUUCUCGAUUUCUCGAUCUUGAGUGAAAAAACAUACUGUGGCCAGAUGAACAUGGCUUUUUUUGAGAUUCAGGGGAAUCCAGCUACAUCCAUGUCUGAGGGGGCAGGUCGCCUCUGGGAUUAAUAAUUGUCUUAAUUUAAUUUCUGGACAAGAUCCGAGUCUUGUUAGUGAGGUGUCUCCUUUUUCUUUUCAUUGAGCAGGUUUUUGAGGUACACUUUGAUUGGGAAACUGUAGUGUGCAUGUGCAGUAUGCCGCUCUGUGCGUCCUCUUUUGAAAGAAUUCAAAGUGCUAUCGUUCAGUAGUCUUACUGUUGUCCGUUCAUGUUUCUACAGCCAUUCACGUUUCUUGCUCAUUAUGGGAGCGCUUAAACUGAGGGCAGGGCUGUAACGUUUUAUUUGGAGCGUUUUUAUGUUUUUAAAUAACAGGUAGGACCCUGAAGACUAAUCGCUAGAUGUGCCACUCUUUACACAGUUGCUUUAGCUCCGGCACUGAUUGGUACAGUACGUCGCAGGUCAUUUAGAAGUGUUUUAAAAGUUGGUUAUGCUCUUCAUUUCGAUUUAGUUCUCUAGAGCUGCUUGUCUACUUGGGGUUUUGUUUUUGCCCAAAUAGACAAUACUAACUCCAGUUAUGUUGUGGAGGUGUGUCAUUUCGGAGCAUACCAGAGAACGCUUGCUAGAUCCAGACUUUAUAUUUUACUAGCCCCGCAUCUAUGGUUAGCUUUUUAUUGAGCCCCAUGAGUCAAAUUAGUCACACUUAAUGGACUUUGGCAUAUGUUUUAGUUUUUUUAGCUUAUCGAUUAUAUAUUUGCUUAAGCACACAAGCCUCAUCGAUAGAACCGCUGUUGACAGGAUUUCUGCCUGUAUACGUCGUCUUUCUCAUUUCAGAAAAUGCAUUCUGAAGUUGUAUCAUUUCACAAAUUAAUUGAUUUAUACAUAAAAUCAGUAGCACUUUAAGUAUUAUGUUUUUGAAUUGUAACCUUAAAUGUUGACAUAUCAGUACAUGUUUGAAAUUCUAGUAAUUAAUCAUAGGCUACUAACUUUAACUUCUACCUAAGGACUGUCUGUCCACAAUCUCAAAAGAAAAUAAAGAAAAUUAAUAAAAACGGUAAAACAAGGAAAAUGAAAAAGAUGCUCAGGUAGAUUUAGGGCAGUGUUAUUCUAUCUAACAAAAAUGCACCAACAGUGUUAUUGCCAAAAAUGAAAAGAACGUCCCAUGUUUGUACCAGCUGUUUUUAAAAUGUUAACCUUUAAGGGAACCGAUUUCAGUUUUGACUGAGAGCCAAGCUUACAUCUUCACAGGCAUCAAUAUGGUUUCUGUACAUGACCACAAGACACUGCCAGGUGAAAAGAUGCAAGUACACAUGACAAAGUUAACCACACUACGUAUCUAUGUCUUUUUUUAUGUGUCGGUUCGCGUUUCAAAAAGCAGCGUGUGCAGGUUUCCAUUGUGGACAGAACCUGGAACAUGUUGCUGUAGUUCUUAAUCAAGUUUCUCUUCUUGAGGUGUCCGAUGUCUUUAGUGUAUGUUGGUUUAAAGCGUCGGCCUGAUGAUGAAACCGUUUGCUAAAACUCAAGGUAACAGACGUAAGGUUGCUUUAUCUUCUCUAAUUCCGGUUGGAUUCCACUUAAAAUCAGCUUUGUGCAAUGUAGAGAAAUCCUGCUAAUUUCUUGGCUUUUUUUAGACGCUCAUCACUUUAUGGCUUCACUUGAGUUUUUAUUGUAGUUAAUAAUUGUCUUUAAACGGCUCGAGUAGAGCAUUCCUAGUUUGUUUUUCUUUUCUUUUGAUAUCCAAGGGAUUUGCUUAAGGAGUUACUGAUGUAAGCAUAAUUUAUAACCAUCUGUUAUUAAGUUAAUCAUGAAAUACCUCUGUGAACACGUGCUGUCCCGGUAUCCCUGUUUUCACCCGGUCGUAGUCAUGAUUUUCAUUGUAAACCCUGUCAACAGAAUGAACUACGUCAUGAAACUAAUCUCCAGGGGUUCAGAUGCACAUACAGAGGUUCUAUGCAUUGAACAGAGCCAAGUUUAUUGUUUGGGGGGGUUGCACAUUAGCUUAAUUUACUCUAUUCAAAUAAGCACUUAUUACCCCGCAAAUGCUAUCAUUGCAAUAUAAAUUAUUUACACAAAAGAUCUUCUUUAGCUGCCCUUAUCUAGUGUUUAAAGCAAUGAAAGGAUGUACAGGUGGGAGAGAGGUACAGAUGUACCUGAUGGGUUUGAUUGCAAAAUCUGUAACAAGAAAAUGGCAUAUUCAUGUCUUCUCUUGAUGUAUGAAUGAGUUUUCUCGUCCUGUCCUUACAACUCAACUGGUUUUGCGUGUGGAUGCAUAUAUGUGUGUGUUCGUGUGCAAGCAUGUGUAUUCGUCCUCAUCCAUACACUCGAUUAUAUGCAAGUUAAUAUUGCGAACUGUUUAGGUUCAGGGUGCCUGUGUUAAGCGAUUAUAUUAAAUGGAAUCACAUCAGAACAUGAAACACUUGCUUUUCCAUUUAUUUCCUCCCCAGCGAUCUUCAGUUGUGCCAUGUUUUGACUGUUAAAAGUUUUAAUUAAUAUUUCAUUUUUAUGUUGCUCUCUCUGAAUUACCUACAGUGGACACGAAGAGGGGGUUACAUUUAUGUCUCAAAAAUCUUUGUCACUGCUAAUAAACUUGAAAAAUAA